GACGUACGGUCAGCCGCACGUGAGCACGUACCAGCCGCCACUGCGAGAUGAGAAACGUCUGACAGAACGGAUCCCAGAGGCAUGGCCAGCAGCACGGAGGAUUACGGCUCGGAAUUGCAGGAGCUGCAGUGGGGCGGCGGCACUGGGUCUCACUUCCUGCGCAGCGGUUCCCACUUCCUGAGGAGCGGCGGCGGCGGAGCUGGUUGCUACGAGGCGGAGGAUUUAGAGCCGACAACCAGGCACCAUGGCGGCGGUCAGCACAGGGGAUAUUACAGCCCUCCGGGCACAAGUUACACGAUCGUUGAGAGACCACCGAGCGCCCCUCAUCACCAUUCGUCGCACACCACACCGUACAGGCACAGAGGGCACACCACCGGGGGCACCGGCGCCAUUUCCCCGGAACAGGUGCUUAGACUUUUCGGCAGCGGCGUGUCGGAACGGCGCCAGGGCGACCGGAGGACACCGGCCUCGUCGCCCGCGAGCGUCGCCGCGGUUCGUACUUCCUCGUCCUCGUCGUCGCAGCAGCAACACCAACACCAACAGUCGCAGCAGUCGCAGUCCACUCAGCCGAAUCCGCCGACCUCGCCGAGCACGCAGCCGCUCAGCCUGCAGGAGCUCACCGUAAGGACAGUGACCAUGACGAGAGAUCCGCCGGACUCUCACCAUGGCUUUGGGAUCUGCGUGAAGGGUGGCAAGGACGCAGGUGAGAUCCGAAGUACCUUCAGGCUACCCCCGUCGCCGUACUUCGCGCCUCAAGAACGAGAAGCGCAGUCAGGGGUGGGUGUCUACAUUUCGAGGGUGGAGGAGGGUUCGGUGGCCGAACGCGCUGGACUCAGGCCAGGAGACACCAUCUUGGAGGUGAACGGCACACCAUUCCGGUCGGUAACCCACGAGGAGGCGCUCACAAUGCUGAAGUCCUGCCGAACUCUGAGCAUGACGGUACGGGGACCAGCCCUGGAUCCCCGUUGCAGAGUCGGUCAUCCGGUCUGGUCCACUUCCGGUCGUCAGCAAUCCUGCAGUUGGAUGGACCGUCAGGGUCGUCCAGCGUCACCGCCGCCGCUUUACCAGUCCCGUGACACUAGGUACUGCCCAAGGACGAGGAAGGUCGAGCUCUGCAUCGAACCAGGGCAAUCGCUCGGUUUGAUGAUCAGAGGCGGCCUUGAGUACGGCCUUGGGAUCUAUGUGACCGGAGUCGACAAGGACAGCGUGGCCGACCGUGCUGGUCUACUGGUAGGCGAUCAGAUAAUCGAAGUGAACGGUCAGAGCUUCGAGGAGGCGACCCACGACGAGGCGGUGCAGAUCCUGAAGACGAACAAAAGGAUGACUUUGCUGAUUCGCGACGUGGGAAAGGUGCCACAUUCGUGUACCACCAGUCAGCCGAUCGUGAUGCCAACGUCUAGGUACUCCGAUCACGAUCCCUUGUUGCUGGAGAGCCCUGGCAAUCAUCGGCCACCGAGUCCCUCCGUCACAAGCGACUGGAGACACCGUAGCGGCGUCCACACAGUGUCUGCCGCGACUAUCUCCAUGGUGGAGGAGAAAGCGAGGGUGGUGCUCGCGAGAAGCGAGAGAGCAGUGCUCUCGCAGCUUCUGGCCGACUAUAGAACCCGCCGAUUGACAAUCGAAGAGUUGAUAGGUAGUUUGGGGGACUUGUUGAACACCCCCGAGAAGCUGUCUCUGCUGACCGAGCUCAGGGAACUCGUCGACAGCAAAGACAGAGCCGUGUUCGAUGAUCUUGUGUAUAGGCCGCGUGUAGCCAUGGCAAGGAGAAAAGGCGACCGCGCCCAUUCGGAUCUAGUAGUGACGCCCUCCAUCCACGAUCUUCCGAGGGGCGCGACCGGUGGUUGUUGCCGUCCAGGACGACUGGUGGACGUCGAGGGAGAUCCUCUUGGAGUGACAGGGCCGUUACUGCCACGGGAUAACCAGGAAUAUAGAUCGCCCAGCGAGGACAGCGGUCUCGGGGCGGACAUGCCCAGGACCAGAGCAAGCUGCAGGAGGGCACAGCGGCACCAAGUGACGACCUCCGACCUCGCCCUCUCCAACGACGACGAGUGCGAGAACCAGGACUACGAGGACGAGUUGGAGAACGGCCGUGGACGAAGACACAGCUCCCCCAGUGGGGCCCGCGGAAAUCAACGGGACUACGGGCACCAUCAUCUGCAUCCGGACAAUCUGGAGAGCGACGGUGGUUGCGAUGGUAGCGACGCGGAGAUGAUCGGUAACGGGAGACGCGGAGGCGGCGGCGGAACGGAAAGGGAUCGUGAUAUGGAGGAGGAUGAGGACGAAGGAAGGGAGGAGAGGAACUCGGAGGGUGGAGGUGGUGGAGGUUUCGGUGGUUGGAGGUCCCACUUGCUCGGUGGGCUGACGCAACGUGUCAAAUCCUGGUACUGGGGCGCCAGGCCCCUCGAACUCGCGCACAAGCUCUCGCGAAGCUUCGACAUGCAGGAGGCCCAGCUCCUCGAGGAGGGCGGUUCCGGUGGCGGGUCCGCCAGGGGCGGAGGCGCCGGUGGUCCACCGAGGAGGCACCAUAGCGCUCAGAGGCUGGCCAGAAGCGAGAUGUCCGAGAGAAGGGAGGAGGACGGGGCCCUGGUGGUGCCUGAUCAUCAAGGGAACCUGAGGAUCACCGUGAAAAAGACGAAAUCGAUAUUGGGCAUUGCCAUCGAGGGAGGCGCCAACACCAAGCAUCCACUGCCCAGGAUCAUAAAUAUACACUUAAAGGGUCCGGUGCAAGGGGGAGCUAUGCCAGAACACGUCGUGAAAGUCGGUCAGUUGAUUCUAGAAGUUGACGGCCACAAAGUCGAAGGUCUCCACCAUCAGGAAGUAGCUAGAUUGAUCGCGGAGUCGUUCGCCAGGCGGGACCGCAACGAGAUCGAGUUCCUGGUGGUCGAGGCGAAGAAGAGCAACCUGGAGCCGAAGCCCACGGCUCUGAUAUUCCUGGAGGCGUAG